ACACAAGCUUACAGUUAAGCGGGCUGGUGACUAUUCUCCCUCUGGAUAUUUACGUCAUGCCUGCUGAGAAAGUUACGCAUUGUGGAAGUACCCGCAAAAUCGAAGAACAAAAUUCACGAGAGGGUAUGGAAUAUACAAAUGCAGUUAAUGAAGACAACAGUACUGCUAUGACGUUCCAUUCAAACACCGAUGUCAAUCCUGGGAAAUGUAUUACUGAUUUUGAUAAUAGAGUUGAAUGCUCAUGUUGCUGUGGCGAAAAUGCUGAGUCCGAAUCUGGUCAGCGAUCUUGUCAACAUUGGACUCCAGUGCGUCCUUCUAACAUAAGGCAAGCACAGAGAAAGAAACUCAGAGGACUUCAAAACGGCCAUCCUGAUCCUUCUCGUUAUAGCAAUAGUCGAAAUGCAAAAGAAAAUAUGGAUAUACAACGUUCCACUGUUAAUGGUAAUUCAAUUGAUGGACUAAGUAUGCGUAACCCAAGUGAAAUAAACACUUCAAAUUCAGCUACUUCACGCUUUAAGUAUGAGAGAUCUUUACAUUCAAACAACAAAAAUGUACCAACACCUAACACAGAACCAGCUAAACCUGCAGCAUCUAAUUCGUCUUCUCCAGCCCCAUCUGUUUCUUCGGAUCUGCCGAAUGAACAUGAGUAUGGUGAUAAUAGGACUUUCCCUCGAUAUCCACAUAAAUCUUCACGUUCAUUUAAGUCAUCUACUCAAGCCACUGAGUCAGACGAUGUCAACAGUCAGCGUUCAAACGCCUCACCUGUUACUGUUGGCGGAGCCAACACAAGAACCCGACCUACAAUGGGUCGGUAUAAUGUAAAUAUGUCACCUCAGUCUGGGACAAUCCCUGCUGGAUAUCAAAAUGGUCCUGGCGAUCAGUGGCGACGUCCUGCUAAUAAUGGCAGCUUGCGAAGAUCACAUCAACAGCAUUUCGCACCUCGUGGUUCCAGUCAGUUUCACCGUUACAAUGGACCUGUAAAUCACCUUGGUCGACCUCAUCAAAACAAUUUCUCACGGAGUCGCAUUUUAGGCCCUGCAAUGGGAGAUUCACCUCCUGUACAAACAAAUGACUCUCCUAAUCCCAUGCCUAAUGAGCCGAAUCCACAAUCUGAUUCAGUCCGAGAAAAUUCCAAAAAACCACAAACAUCUUGGGCAACUGUUGCAGUGAGUGUUCAAUGUGAACAGAAACUGUAUUCACCCAAAGAUGAAUCAAGAGACCAAUUAGUUAAUUUUCUCUUAGAACAAUGGCGCUGUUUUAAUCGAAAAUCGACCUGAUGCACAAGUUUACACCUAUUUUUAAGUAUGCCUUUUUUUACCUAUAGUACCAUCUGGUAUUGCUGUGUUGGAUGUCGGUGUCACAUUCACUAUUUCUCUCUCUACAUAUAUAUAUAUAUAUAUAUAUA